UCAUCAAAGUCUCUUCAUUUCUCGGAACAAACUAUCUACUUUACAUUCGAAUUUUUUCUUUAUAGAAAAAGAUGGCUGAAGAAAUGGUGAAAAUGUCACCUUCUCAAGAAAAAUAUGUCAGGAUUCAAUUUGCAAUAAAGUUACUGGCGAUGCUAGUGUUUCUGGGUUGGAUUCUCCAAUGGAUAGUCAUACCCACAAAUACUUACAGACAAAUAUGGAGGCCUCAAAUUCAAGCAAAGACUAGUUCUACAUAUUUUGGAGCACAAGGUCCAGUAAUCCUAACGUUCACUUUUCCAGUCUUGUUCAUAGCCGUUUUGGGAUGUGUAUAUCUCCACACAGCCAAAAAAAGCAGCAAUGGCCCUGAGGCAACCAUAUGGAAGCGUCCGGUGCUUGUAAAAGGCCCUCUUGGCAUUGUUUCGAGCACAGAACUAGCAUUCUUGCUCAUGUUCAUUGCACUCUUGGUUUGGUCCUUUGCAACUUAUUUGCAUAAUGGCUUUGCAAAAAUCACCCAGAAAUCAGCAGCAGCAGAUGGCGAGAAAGUAUGGGAAGAGAAACUAGAAACUGCAGCAUUGAGGCUGGGUCUGAUUGGGAACAUAUGCUUGGCGUUUCUGUAUUUUCCGGUGGCGCGUGGCUCGACGGUGCUUCCACUGCUUGGCCUCACCUCAGAGAGUUGCAUCAAGUAUCAUAUUUGGCUUGGACACGUGGUUAUGACACUUUUCACAUCUCAUGGCAUUUGUUACAUCAUCUAUUGGGCAGCUACCACCCAAAUUUCUCAGAUGCUGAAAUGGGACAAAGUUGGGGUAUCAAACGUGGCAGGAGAGAUAGCUUUGCUUGCUGGUUUGUUCCUAUGGGUUACAACCAUUCCCCGCAUCAGGACAAAAGUUUUUGAACUUUUCUUCUAUGCCCAUCACUUAUACAUCAUCUUCAUGAUUUUCUUCAUCUUUCAUGUUGGCAUUCCCUAUGCUUCAAUUAUGCUCCCUGGUUUCUACCUCUUCUUGGUUGAUCGCUUUCUGAGAUUUCUACAAUCAAGCAGUCAAGUUCGAUUGGUUUCUGCUCGUGUUUUGCCAUGUGAAGCUGUAGAACUCAACUUCUCCAAGGGCCAUGGGUUAACUUACAAUCCCACAAGUGUGAUGUUCAUAAAUGUACCAAGCAUAUCCAAGAUGCAGUGGCAUCCAUUUACUGUAAGUUCUAAUAGUAACUUGGAGCCAGAAAAGCUAAGUGUUGUCAUUAAAAGUGAAGGAACUUGGACCCAGAAGCUCUACCAACAGCUUUCAACGUCCACAAUAGAUCGCCUUGGUGUGUCUGUUGAAGGUCCUUAUGGACCUGCUUCAUUCAAUUAUCUAAGGCAUGACACACUUAUGCUGGUGAGUGGAGGAAGUGGCAUCACACCUUUUAUCUCCAUCAUUCGAGAGCUAAUAUAUCAGAGCACUACAUUCAAAUGCAAAACCCCAAAAGUUGUCCUUAUUUGUGCAUUCAAGAACUCUUCAUCUCUGUCAAUGCUAGAUUUGAUCCUUCCAAUUUCUGGCAUCCCAUCUGACAUUUCUAAUCUGCAACUACAAAUUGAGGUUUACAUCACAAGAGAUGAGAAGCUUCAAUCCGAAACUGCAAUUCACCCUCAAAUCAUAUGGUUCAAGCCAAAUCCAACUGAUGCACCUGUACAUGCCAUUUUAGGUCCAAACAGUUGGCUCUGGCUUGGUGCUAUAAUCUCAUCCUCUUUCAUCAUUUUCCUCAUCAUAAUUGGGAUCAUUACACGUUACUACAUUUUCCCUACCGAUCAUAAUUCAAACAAAGUAUUCUCAUAUUCUAUGAGGGCGUUCCUUAACAUGCUAGUAAUGUGUGUGUCCAUAGCAACAGCUGUUCUUUGGAACAAGAAACAAAAUGCUAAAGAAACAAAACAGGUUCAGAACUUGGAAGGGUCAACACCGACAGUGUCACCAAGCUCGAUGAUUUACAAUGCAGAUAGGGAGUUGGAGAGCCUUCCAUCCCAAUCCUUUGUUGAAGCUACCAAUGUGCAUUAUGGUGUAAGACCAGAUCUAAAAAAACUGCUAUUUGAAGUCAAAGGGUCAAGUGUGGGAGUUGCCGUUUCAGGACCCAAACAAUUGAGGCAUGAGGUUGCAGCCAUUUGCUCAUCUGGUUUAGCUGAAAACCUUCAUUUUGAGUCCAUCAGCUUUAGCUGGUGAAAUUAUAUAUAUUCCUACUGUCUUGAAGUGUGAAAAAAAGCCAAGAAAAUGUUGGGUAGACACCCAAAGUGAGAAAGAAAAAUGAAGAGAAUAGAGAGAAAUAAUGAAUGUGUGACAUAUGUAUAUGAUGUGAAGUGAAGUGAUAAGAAAAUUAAGAUAAAAAUGAGGUUGAGUGCAUGAGGUGUCUGUACUGUUUAGAUGUCUGCCGAUCAUAUGAAAAUUUAACAACCAAUCCCUACAGGAAAAGCUAGUAGUUUCAGCUAGCCUGGAUGAACUUUGUACUUUUAUAUUGAUUUGAUUUAAGUAUGUGUAA